AUGAGAGGACUCAAAUUAAAAGUCAGUGCUUCCGAAAGUGAGGCACCUCCGAGAGAUUUUGAUAUUACUCAAAGCGGAUCCUUUACGAAAGGAGAUUUUAAAAUUAAUCAGAGCUGGAAAAACAUGUCUUUGAAUGAUUUGGAAACGAAACACUUGUUGGGAAAGGGAUCAUCUGGAAAUGUCUAUCUUGUUUGUCAUAAGGACUCGGGCCAGUUAUUGGCUCUCAAAUACAUUUCUGUUUUUGAUGACCAGAAAAGAAAGACCAUAGUCAACGAGUUGCAAACAUUGUAUUCCGCUUCGAAUGACCAUCUGAUUGGGUUUUUUGGUGCUUUUUAUCAAGAAGGAAAUAUUCAAAUUGCUCUCGAGUACAUGGAAGGCGGGUCCUUGAGCGAUAUUAUUAAAACUGUUCAAGGUCCAAUACCAGAACCAUUUUUAUCUCGAAUCUUGCAACAAGUAAUGUUGGGGUUGAGAUAUUUACAUAAAGAGCGUCACCUUGUACAUAGAGACUUAAAGCCAGGAAACAUUUUAUUCAACAGCAAGGGUCAAUUUAAAAUAUCAGAUUUUGGAGUGAGUGCUGAACUGGACCACACUGGUGCAGAAUGUGGAUCCUUUGUAGGAACUGUAACAUACAUGAGCCCUGAACGACUUGAAGGGAAAAAGUAUUCAUUUGCAAGCGAUGUAUGGGCUUUGGGAAUUAUCGUUCUCGAGUCGGUCACUGGUAAAUUCCCGUUCAGAGAUGAACAAGACAAACCUAUUGGCGUUUUCUGGGAAUUGUUGAAUGCUAUCAAAAUGAAAGCGCCUCCCUCUCUCUCUCCUCAACAAGGAUAUUCAAGCGAGGUUUGUGACUUUAUUGCACUUUGUUUACAAAAAGAUCCCAAAGAACGAGCCACAGUUUCAGAAUUGCUUGCCCACCCAUUCAUUACUAAACAUUGUUCGAACUCUCCAACGAGUGGCGCAGAGUGGCAACAAUACAAUAAUUGGAUUGGCACGCUUAUUAAGAUACGAUCUCAAACUGAAAAAUAUAUUCAAAGCGAACAACAAGAAAAAACUCAAUCCUUAGAAACAAAGUUGAAGAAGCUUGUUCUCUAA